AUGGCGUUGUGCUGGACAGGGUGGGGGGCGGCAGUGGCCUGCGCGCUGAUGACCGUGGUGGCCGUGGACGGGGUCAGCGGGGAGCUGGAUGGUCCAUCCCUGCUGAGACCUCGGCGAAGCCCCUGCCCCCGGCCCGGGUCCCCAUUUCGGACCCUGCCCGUCCCCGUCAGCACUCGGCCCCCGGAACGCGGCUGGGGGCCGGGCGUCUCGUUCUUGAGGUUCCAGCGGUGGGCUCCUACAGGGACCGGGAGCUGGGCCGGGCCAGGGAGAAGCUGGGCCGGGCCAGAGGGCGAGAAGGACCUCGGUGUCUGGAAUCGACAUCUGUACCCAAAGCGGGCAGAGGACGGAGACUGGGGAGCUGACCGCUGGCAAGGUGGCCGGGUGACCGUGGAGGUCAGCAACGACGGCCCCACCUUAAGGGGUGCUCGAGCCUCUUUCUCCAUCACUCUGCGGUUCCCCCAGGGCCAGGAGGCCCUGCCCGACGGGCAGGUGAUCUGGGUCCGGAACGCCACCAUCAAUGGAAGCCGGGUGUGGGCCGGCCGGCCCGUCUACCCCCCGCCCGCCCUGGACCCCGCCGCCUGCGUCUUCCCCGACGGAAGCCCCUUCCCCGCCGGACCCCGGACCCGCGCCGCCUUCGUCUACGUCUGGAAGACCUGGGGCCGCUACUGGCAGGUGUUGGGGGGCGCGGCGUCCGGGCUGAGCAUCGGCACGGCGGGGGCGGCCCCGGGCCCCCACUCCAUGGACGUUACCGUCUACCACCACCGCGGGGCGCACGCCUUCGUGCCCUUCGCCCGCGCCCAAUCGGCCUUCGUCCUCACCGACCAGGUGCCCUUCUCCGUGGCCGUGUCCCAGCUGCAGGACGUGACCGGGAGCAGCGGACCCUUCCUGCGCAACCGACCUCUGACCUUUGCCCUCCGACUCCAUGAUCCCAGCGGCUACCUGACCGGGGCCGACCUGGCCUACACCUGGGACUUCGGGGACGGCAGCGGCACCCUGAUCUCCCGCCUCCCCGCGGUCACCCACACGUAUCUGGCGCCCGGUUCCGUCACCGCCCAGGUGGUGCUGCAGGCUGCCGUCCCGCUGCAGGCCUGCGGUACCACGGCCCAUCCCGGCACCAAACUCCCAGACACCACGGCCGAGCCCGCGGGCAGCACGGCCGGGAGUGUGCCCACCGCGGAGCCCGUGGGCACCACGGCUGGGAGCGUGCCAACCGCAGAGCCCACGGGUACUGAGGCGGGGAGCGUGCCAACUGCAGAGCCCGAGGGCACCACGGUGGGGAACGUGCUAACCGCAGAGCCCGCGGGCACUGUGGCGGGGAGUGUGCCCACUGCAGAGCCGGUGGACACUACAGCCGGAAGCUUGCUGACCGCAGAGCCCGCGGGCACCACAGCGGGAAGCUUGCUGACUGCAGAGCCCGCGGGCACGACAGCCAGAGGUGGGCCAACCGGGGAGCCUGCGGCCACCCUGGCCCUGGUGCGACGCCAGGCCCCCCUGGACUGUGUCCUGUACCUCUACGGCUCCUUCGCCCUCUCGCUGGACAUUAUCCAGGGCAUCGAGAGCGCGGAGAUCCUCCAGGCCGUGCCUGCAGGCGACGGGGACACAGUGGACCUGACCGUGUCCUGCCAGGGGGGGCUGCCCGAGGAGAUCUGCCUGGAGGUCUCAUCGCCAGGGUGCCAGCCACCCUCACGGCGGCUCUGCCAGCCCGCCCUGCCCAGCCCGGACUGCCAGCUGGUGCUGCACCAGGCGCUGGCGGGCGCCGGCCUCUACUGCCUCAACGUGUCCCUGGCGGAUGCCCACAGCCUGGCGGUGGCCAGCACCCGGCUCCUGCUGCCAGGUGGUGGCCCUUCUGUGCCCACAGGUGGAGCGCCGGGCCCUGGCUGGGCCCCACUGUUGCUGGGCGCCACGAUGGCUGUGCUGGCUGUCGUCCUCGGGGCCGCCGUGUACAGGCGGGUGAAGCGAGGCCUGGGACCCCCGCGAGCCCGACUGUCCGAGCACACCGCCCUGUGGCUCUUCCUGCCCCGAGCCCUGCAGCCCACGGGGACCAGCGGCGAGAGCAGUCCCCUCCUCAGUGCCCAGCGGGUCUGAGCCGGCCGACGAGCCGGCACCACGCGGCGUGGGGGGGAGACGGGAUAGGGUGGACCCCGUUGGAUGGCGUGAGGAGGGUACAGGGAGGGGAGGUGCGGGGCCUGAUCUCUCCC